AAGUUCAACUAAUCAAUUGCUAAAAUAGAUGCUUUCACCUAAAAAAAAUCCAAUAUAUAUAAAUAGUAAUAUAUCUUAUGUACUAUUUUUUAUAAUUAAAUAUUAUUAUUUAGUUUCGUUACCUUUCUAUGCCAUGGCUGCUGUCUCCAAAUUCUUCUCCAAUCUAUACACCAUGUCCUUGGUCUUCUUCACCCUCUUCCUCCUCGAAAUCCUAACUCUAAUACGCUCUCUCAUCGGCUGGAAGACAAGCCCCGAUAAGCGUGUGAUUACCACCGCCCAGUACCUCAAACUAAUCGAAGAGAGAAAUCCCACGACUUGCUUCAGCAGAAAUUUUUACCAAGCUGGGUCGCCACCGCCGGCGCCGGACUUGGUUGUGGAAUGCAGAGUUUGCCUGUCGGAAUUCGAAGAUGGGGAGAAGAUUAGGAAGCUGCAAUGCGACCAUGUAUUCCAUAAGGAGUGCUUGGACACGUGGCUUCAGCAGUUCUGCGCCACGUGUCCCCUUUGCAGGACUAAGGUAUUGCCGGACGAAGUCGUUGCGAGCUACCGGCGAAUGCGUAAUCAGGUCGAGUACGAUGGGAACGAUGAGGAGCUGAUUUUCUUGUUGUCUGCAUUACAUGGUAAUAGUUUUCACAGAUUAUAUUUUUGAUUUAAUCCUCAGAUUAGUUUUCAAUAUAUAUAUAAAUAAUUUUGCUUCUCUAAAUCUUUUUCUUUUGUUCAAAAAAAAAAAAAAAAAAAAACCCUUUUAGUCUUUGUAAUAACUUUUCUUUAAAUUAUUCAGGGCUUCCAUUAUUCAAUUUGAUGAAAUAUUGGAGGAAUUUUUGUAUAGUUUUCCUGUGUAAGGGCAUGUAACUUUUUUUGUCUAUAUAUAAUUAAUUGAAGAAAAUUAUUAAUGUUUAAUUUAGGUAAACUAAUUGAUUAGGCGUAUAUAUGAAGGUUCAGUUAC